GGCAACAUUGGUCGGGGCAAGUCUACAUUUCGCAGCGCCCUUUUUUUUCCCAAAAAUUCACUCCAUCGACUCGCGAGACUCUUCCCGAUCUCGCCAUUCUCUACUGAGCGAAAGCUGAAGCUGAAACCCCGGUCGGCUUCGCCCUAAGCACUCGUUGGCGCAUCGAUCUAGGAAUCGUUGCGCGUGCUCGCCUAACCGCAAUCAUGGCUCCUAAGAAGAAGGAACAGCAGAAGAUGUCCCUUGGGGACUUUCUGGCUGACAGUUUUGGUGGAGGCUCUUCUUGGGCUGAUGAAGUAGAGGAGACCUCUUACGCUACUGGCACUCAGGCUCUGCCCCCUUCCGAUCGCGCUCGGUACAGCAGCAACAUCAACUCUUCUUCCAGCUGGCAGGACCGGGGUUUCUCCGUUCGCGAAGCUGCCCCUCAAACUCUCCCCGAUAAGCCUCCCUUUACCGCCCACCUCGGUAACCUUGCCUACGAUGUUACCAACGAUGCCGUGGCCGACUUCCUUACAGGCUGUGGUGUCGUCAACGUCCGUCUCAUUGAGGACCGCGAGCUGCAGCGCCCCAAGGGAUUCGGUUACGUCGAGUUUGAGACCCUCGAUGGUCUCAAGCAGGCCCUUGCCCUUGAUGGUGAAUCUUUCGGUGGACGAAUGAUCAAGAUUAAGGUUGCCGACCCUCCUCGUGGUGGUGAUCCUGGCCGAGGAGAUUCUAUCCGUGAGAUGGGUGCCUGGGACCGCAAGGGUCCUCUGCCUGAUGCUCCCUCAAGGGGCGGUGCCCGCGACUUUGGUGACCGUGAGCGUCGACCUCGUGAUCCCGCUUUUGAGAGCCGUCCCCAGCGUGAGUUUACCUGGGAACGACACGGACCUCUCGCUCCCCUUUCCCCUCAAGAGGGCUCUGGUUCGCGAGAUGGAAGCCGUCCCCGUGCUUCUCCUGAUGUACAGGGUGAGCGCAGCGAGUCUUUCCGUGGCAACCGCCGUGACUCUCCUGCUUGGGGUGAGGCUCGUGAGGGUGGCUCUCGCCCUCGCCCUGAGCGUCCUGAGCGCCCAGAGCGAACUGUCACUGCUGCCGACAAGGACAUGCAGUGGCGUGACCGAAUGCGUCCUGACGCCGCCAAGCCUACCUCGCCCGAUGGUAGCGCUCCCCCUUCACCCGCUCUUUCCAACGCACCCACCGCUCAGGGUGGACGUCCCCGCUUGAACCUCCAGAAGCGAACAGUCUCCGAGGCUCCCGAUGCCUCAUCAAACGCAGCUGGAGAGGCGAAGGCCAGUCCCUUCGGAGCUGCUCGUCCUAUCGAUACAGCAGCCAGGGAGAAGGAGAUUGAGGUUAAGCGUCAGCAGGCUAUCCAAGAAAAGCGUGAGGCCGACGAGAAGGCCAAGGAGGAGAAGCGAUUGGCGAAGGAGGCCGCCGCCAAGGCUGAAGCCGAGGCUGAGGCUAAGGCUGAGGCUGAGGCGGAAGCUGCUGCGGCCAAGGAGGCCGAAGCUGCCACUGAGACCAAGGAGACUCCCGAGACAACAGAGGAGUCUGCUGAGCCCAAGGCUGAGAACGCCAACGGCGAACAGAAGGUCCCCGUCCGAACCCGCGAGCCCCGAGAGGCCCCCAAGUCAAGGGCGAACGAAGCCUCAAGCUGGCGCUCUGCCGGUAGCGAUCAGCGAGGACCUCGUGGAGGUGCCGGACCUCGAGGUGGACGUGGUGGACGUGGCGGUAUGCGAGAGGCCCGAACUGGACCCCUUCGAUCCAACGGAGCUGCUCCCCAACAAGCCGCUGGUUCUCCUGAUGAGCCUGCUACCCCUACAGCCGAUGAUGACGGUUGGACUACGGUGCCCAACAAGAAAGGUCGCCAGGGCCGUGCGAUGGGACCCUAGAAUGUGUACAUAUCGCCCCGUUUCUCUACGGUUUGAUGACUGAAAAUGCUUCGACACAAGGCGUGAGUCGUCUGACUUGAAGCCAAGAGCAGCGAGUACUCCUUGAACGUUACAAUUUCUCUCGUAAACAACACCCAUCUCAUACAUAUCCUCGACAAUCUGAUAUUACAGGUUGCCAGGGCAUGGAUUUUCUCUCGGCCUUGGUUUUAUAUGACCACGGCAUCCUGUUUUCCUCGUCUAACCGCCACACGUUGGACUCAUGAUCAGCUUCCAUGUCUGCUUCACUCACUCAGGGGACAAGGGGAGCAUUUUUGAGCAUUUAACAUUUGGCGUUUCGAGACAAAAGCAAAAAGAACGGCGGCGAAUGGAUGGAUGAACGGAUGGAUGAAUGGAACGGAAACGUGGCAUGCAUUUGAAUGAUCACAGCUCUCUUAUUUCUUUAUGUUUUCUUUUUUUUAUUUCCCCAAAAACGUCUUUGCCGCGUGAUGACGAGAGGAUGAAAGGUUAGGAGAAGGGGUGGGAAGAGGUGAAAGAAAGUAGGAGAGGGACUGAAAAGUUGCUUGCUUAUUAUGACGAGCACAAGGCAGUUCAUUUUCUCUAGACUUUGCAAACAAAGUUGAAGCCAGAUCGAAUCACGACAUGAGCUCAGAUUUGUAUGCUAGGCGGUUUAUGGGAUCAAUGAAAUGCCCUUUGUUUAUUUCUA